AUGACGACGGAAAAUGACCCUAACGCCGGCUCCGGCUCCCGCACGGACCCCAACUCAGGUGCUGCCGAACCCACCUCCGAGACGGACUUCUACACCACGUACAAGGAUCUGACGGAGGCGGAGAAACAGGCGGACGACCUGGAACGCAAGCUCAAGGAGCUGGACGAGAAGAUGGAUGCGAUCCUCGAGUCGCAGGACCUCAAAGAUCUGCAGCAGUUCAUUGAGCAGAACAAGUCGACCUUUGACUCGAUGCAGAAGGAUGUGGACGACCUGUCCCAGCAGGUCGACGAGACGGACUUGGGGGAGGUCAAAGAGGCAGGGGAGAAGGCGAACGAUGGAGACAAGGCGGAGGAUGGUAAAGUUGAUUCGACCGCUGGGCAGGAAGAGUAG